AGACUACAAUAGACAUAGCGCCCUCAAUCUGUUAGGUGUGGAGAAUGCGUCUGGGCCAGGGAGUGAGAUCGAGAGAGUAUUUUGGCCGUGUGAUGACUUUCGUAGCGAGCUACAUAUUUUCAUGUUCUGUGUAAUUAUAUGUCUAUAUAUCAAAUUAAUGGUGCAAAAUGCCAAGAUAUUCCCGGCUAUUCAAUGGCGACGAUUCGUCACUCAACACCGGUUACAUUGAUGAUGGUGCGGCAUGGGAGUCGGUAGGUGCCGGGAGCCUCGAAACAGAGGACCUUUCUUACGAACCAACGUCUAAUGGGGGCGCACUUCGAUUGACCACUAUCAGUGAAACGGAUGCUCAUGAAAGAGAUGGAGAGGAAAGGAAGAGUGACUGUGGUUUCUGUCACUGGUAUGCCCAAUUUCUAAAUCGCUUUCCAGUCCUUUUCUGCUUGAUUCUGUUCGCCCUGACUGCCGGUGGGGGCGCUGCUGCAUUUGUUUUAUAUGACAUCCCAUCAUUUAGCGACCCAUUGAAGGGAUUCCAAGCUCGACAAACAGAGAUCAAUGACAGAACCUCAGCACUCGGUCACUUUCACCAAACGAGGAACGAUAGCCAUUUUUACACCUUACCGCGCCAAUCCAAACGGAGUGUGGAUGGCGUUCAAGGCCCGCAGGCGGACAUUCCCCCAUUGACAACACCACCCAACGGUCCAAGCCACCAAGGCCUAGACCAAGGUGAAAAUGAUAUACCGUCCUCCUCGCCACCACCAACCAGAUCGCCCACCAGGAUGUCAACCCAGAGUCCUGGCCAAGAUAGCACGACUUACAGCAGGUUCAGCAAAAGCAAUACCCUCACUGAUGGCAAUCCCCCUAGCACUGAUGAUGCUGUCACCGACACCCCUAUUGAUGAAGGAAGCGAGAGUUCUUUUGAUUAUAGCCAUAUCAGUCCUGUAAUCCCAACGGUAUGCAGAGAGCCAGCCGAGGGUGCCCAAUACAAGGUUCGUUUGGUCUUCUCUCAUUUGGACGAUGUAGACUUAUUCAGCACCGAGGCAUUGUGGUCCAUGUGCAAUUUAUACACCACUCGUAUCUUGAUGAAUGCAACAGAUAUGCCGCAGUACUACCAAGACUGUGAACCUUCGUCACUCGGAAGCUAUGCUGCUCUCAUCGGCGGAAAGGAGUCGUGUUUGUAUAUCCUAGAUGAGGACGUCACCGAACUACGUUACCUGCUCCAGGAAUGUGCGCAGUUCUUCGUCAGCAAGGACUUGACAUCGGACUGCGGGGGAAGCAGUUGUCCAGGUGUCCCUUCAAACUGCACCAUUGGGAAUGUGGUGUUCAAUACCUUUCAGUACCUCUUGCCCAUGAAUUCUGCAAGCCACAUCGCUGAGGGAGAUUUCAAGUCUGUUCAACAUGCAUUGAUGGUGACACCAUUCCCCCGAUACAGCAGUGAGGGGCAGGAUGUUUAUAAGAAUAAUAUUAUGAGGCAUGACAUAAGGGACAGUGUCACCAAGCUGUCUGCAGUUGGUGCAGGGUUUAAAUUCGACUUGUUCUCUGAUUUUCUUGUCUCCAAUUGCAUCUACCUGGUUAUCGGUAUUGGACUGAUUCUUUUGAUCGUGUGGCUGUACACAGGAUCGUUGUUUGUGACCUUAAUGACAAUUGUAGACAUGGUGAUGUCUUUGAUCUUUGCUUACUUCCUGUACACCGUUGUCUUCGGACUGCCUUUCUUUCCCUUCAUGAACGUCCUCGCGUUUGUCUUAAUCAUCGGUAUUGGUGCGGACGAUGCCUUCGUUUAUGUUGACAUAUGGAAGAAGAUGAGAGAGCGACAUGGUGGAGCACCUGAGAAGAGGGUGUUGGUCCUCCAAGAUACCUUGCACCAUGCAGCAGUAACCAUGUUUGUUACCAGCUUCACCACAUCUUCUGCCCUUUUCUCCAGUGUCAUCAGCUCCAUCACGGCCCUACGAUGUCUGGCAGUGUACGCAGGAUGUGCCAUACUCAUCAACUUCAUCUACACUGUAACUUGGCUCCCUGCAAUUGUCGUCAUAGAAGAUAAGUACCUGCAGUUCCGGAUGUGUCGUGAGAGAAUAACACCGACCACAUGUUACGUCAAGAUAAAGGAGAAGACAAAAGCUCUGACUGGGUGUGUCCGAUCCUUCUGGGAGACAAUGUUACCCUUGGUUGUAUUCAAGCUUAGGUACUUAUGGAUCGUUUUAUUUACGCUACUUGGGGUAGGUGGGGCUUGCUGUAUAUUUGUCAAGCCAAAGCUGCAGUUGCCUACCAAAAAUGACUUUCAAGUGUUCAUAUCAAGUGAUUAUAUGGAACAAUACGAUCAGAUAUAUAAAAAGGACUUCCUGUUCGAAAGGGGAGAGAAGAGAGUGAUGCCUAUAUUAUUUGUUUGGGGUGUAGUACCUGAUGAUAAUGGGAAUCCCUGGGACCCUGACGAUGAAGGGUUUAUAGUCUUUGACAGAUCAUUUAAUCUAUCCAGCAAGGAUUCGCAACAAUGGCUAUUAGACUUUUGCCACGAUAUCCGCAACCAGACAUUUUACUCUAAGGCGGACAAAGCGUCUGAUUUUUGUUUCAUUGAAAUACUGAAAUCUGCCAUGGAGACACCAUGUAACAACCCCGCUCUCCCCUUCAGUCCUUCCCCUUCAUGCUGCAACCAAACUAAAUUUCCCUACGACCCAGAGCUCUUUGACCACUGCGCUCCAUUUUGGACAUCUAGUCUGCGCCAAGUAAGCGGUAGCGUUCGCUUUGGAGAAAAGACCAAGUUCAGAGUUCAAAGUUCGAUGAUGACUGGUUUACAAUUAUCCUUCACCAGCACGACCACUGAUACACUUGUGUAUGAAAACAUCAGUGAAUUCUGGUACCAAAUCGAUAACUGGGGUAAGGAAAAGAUGAAGAAUGCGCCUCCGGGCAUGGCUGGUGGCUGGUUCGGCAGUUACAGCAGCAACCAGAUGUUUUUCUUUGAUCUCCAGGAAAGCCUAGCCAGAGGAACGAAGAUGUCUAUUGCAUUGUCCUUGGGAAUGGCCACGAUGGUUCUCUUAUUCACCACCAGAAAUCUACUCAUUACUCUAUUCGCCACCCUAUCUAUCGGCGGGACCGUCUUUGUGACCAUCGGUAGCUUGGUUCUCUUGGGUUGGGAGCUGAAUAUACUGGAGUCCACUGUAAUGAGUCUUGCGGUAGGACUCUCUGUGGACUUCACCAUCCACUACGGAGUGGCUUACGGUCUCGCCCCGCAUAAGGACCGUGCCUCCCGCUCCACCUUCGCCAUGGUUCAACUCACUUCUGCAAUAACCACCGCGGCGCUCUCAACGUUCAUCGCAGGAGCUGUGAUGCUGCCCUCUGUCGUUCUUUGCUAUCAGCAGAUUGGCAUCUUUCUGACUCUUGUUAUGACUGUUAGCUGGUUCUAUGCCAACUUCUUCUUCAUGCCCCUCUGCCGGGCGUUGGGUCCUGAAGGCAACUGCGCCCAGAUCCCAGUGCCUUCUUGUAGCUGCUGUUGUGCAUCAAACCAGAGUUUAAGUGCUGACCAAAGGUGCUGCUGUUGUCCAAAUCGACAGGGUCAUAGCUUAUUAGAUGUAAGUCCAGCUGGGGACAUUGAUCUUGGCUUUGUAGCAGACACGUGACUUAGAGCUAACAUUCCAUACACCUCAUAUCUAGCUGAUCUUUUCUGCCAUACUCCCUAUUUCUGCAUGUAUAAUCAUCCUUUUCUGAGGACGUACUUCACAGUAAAAACACUUUUUAAACUUUGUAUACGAUGUUGUUUACAUGAUGAGUAGUUCAUCAGUAUCAAUAGUUGUUUAAACAGUUUAAACAAGUGUAUAAAAUCUUAAACAGCAAAAUUUAUUUUUGUAUACUUGAUUCUCAAUAAAUUAAGCAUGGUAGUUUAAACCGUUAAACAACUAAUGUAAGGUUCAUAGUGAACAAGCGUUGUAUGAAAAUUUAAAUAGUGUUUUUUUUUUCAAUGUGUAUUUUAGUCAUGUGUGUAUAAAUUAGUGCAAUGAAGUACAUCAACUUAAAUUUGUGCCUCGUUUAUUUCUCAUUUCUGGCUCUCUUAAAGUUGGGUGUUAAAAGAAGGAACAUAAUAUUUGUUGUUGAGCAUGAAAUGUUUGAUUGCCAUAAUUAUGAUGGUCACAAUCGCAGCAAUUAUAUUCAAACAUGGUGAACAAUGUCAGCUAUACAAUGAGUCACCCAGAAAUAUGAAAAAUCAGAGAACUUGGAUUUAUGCUCGAAGAUGUUCACAAACUUUACAAAUGCAUUACCACAUCGGGACCAUGAGAUUUAAUGUGAUCAUUUUCUUGCUGGAUGUUCUUGAUGGGAAAUACUUCAAAAUUAACUUUAAGGCACAAUAUUUCAAAAUUUAUAUGCAUAUUUUUAAAAACUUACACUGAUAAUUCUCGAAUAGCAUAUAUUAGAGAAAUUUACGAAAAAAAGGUAAGGCAUUUUGAAUUUUCCCAUUGAAAUCAGCCUUGUGCUGAUGUUUUUAUUUUACAUGUAGAGCUUUCAUUAUUGAUGUACGUAAUUUGAUGAUAAUCAAUUCAGAAUGGAUAUUUGUUUAAAAUGUAGCGAAGGCUGAAUGAUCACCUUUUAUGGGAAAGUGAUCAAUGCACAUAUAUAUUUUUUUCUUAGUAUGGCGCAGUCACAUUUCCCCUGCGACGGUCAUACAGCGAGUCGAAAACAGUCGUUUUAACAUUUUUGUACCAGCUCCAUAUAGGUGGUUUGAAUGAAAAUGAAGCACAGCACGGCUGUUUUCGGCUCGCCGUACGGCCGCCGUAGGGGAAAUAUGACUGCUGAGUGAAAGAGCAGGUUUUCCUGCCAGCUGUCUUUCAUUACUAGGUAGGCGAGAAUGUUUGUAACAAAUAUAAAAUCAGUACUACAAUUACGUGUAUGUCUUGAAAUAUUUCAUUGUAACCAUGUUUGCUAGCUCUAAGCGUUAUUGCUGUUUGAUACAUGUUGCAAUACUUGUUUUCUAAUACAAAAACUUACAGCCGAUCAAGAAACUAUUUGUUAAAUAUUUUUUUAUAUUUUUGUAUCGUCUAAAUUCCCUAUGAAUAUUUUAUAGAAAUGUUAUUUAUUUGUGAAAAAAGAUAAGGAGCACAAGUUCAUCUCGAGUUUGAAUAUUUUUUGUCAUUGUAGAUAUUCUUUUCAAUGUGGGCAUUAUAUUUAAUAAUUUGAUUUUUUUGCCAUUUUAGAUCUUUGUAAUUUUUGGUUGACAUUGAAUUUAAUAAAAAAAAAUUACCAUCAUGGACCAAUGCUUUAUGUGCGCAUUGAAUUCACUACUGUAAUUUAAAUGGUAAUUUUGGCCAUUUUAUAGUCCAAUGUUUUUAAUUUGGCAUUUAAUUCAAAUACUUUAAUUUUGUUUAUGGAUCAUUUGUUUUAAUAUUCCACUUAGACCAAUGCCUUAAGUGCGCAUGGUAUUAAUUUCAAUAAUUUAGAAACCUGUGAUAUCGAUGUUUUUUUAUCAAACAAUAUAAUAAUGAUUGUGUAAUUGGUUCCCACGCAUCGUUCAAAACAAAAUACAUGGCCCUUGGAAGCGGGGGUGUUGGGUGUAUUAUUCUUCAUAGGCAUCACCCCCAGGAAUUCUGGUAGGUGUGCCAAAAUGGACAAAUGUAACCAAAAUGACCUUAAUUUUGUAGCGAUCGAACCUUUUUUUUUUGUGCUUGUCCAAUUUCUCGGGACCAAAAUGACAUUAAUUUUGUGGCGAACUCCCCCCCCCCUUUUUUUUUUUUUUGCUUGUCAAAUUUCGCGGGACCAAAAUGACCUUCAUUUUGUCGUAAAACCUUUUUUUCUUUCCUUUUUGCUUGUCAAAUUUACAUCAGCACCCCCUGUAAAAAUCGUUCCUGCUAGCUCAAUGACAUAAUAGACUUGCAAUAAGAUGUGAUAGGCUGCUAACUAAACAGAGUUGUUGCAUUUUCCAGCGAUCAAUCCAAUUUCUAAUGUUAUUGAUUACAAUACUAAUCUAUAUCUUGUAGUUCGAAAUAGAAAUCAGAAAUAAAAAUCCUUUAAAAAGGUAGCCACUGAGCGGCGCCUACUCGAAGUUGCUCUAUUCUUUAAAUCGGUUUAGAGAGUUUGUUAGUGGAAAAAGGGACUGAAUGUCUGAUAAUUUUCUAGCUCCAUGAUUAUUGCAACCAAUGGAAACAAUAUUAUUUUCCCCUGGCUUGGUUGCUAUGGAAAUGAAUGACCGUAAAAACAUUUUUGAUUUGUCAUUAUUUGUAUUUUUCACGUGCUCAAUUACAUAUAUAUAUAUAUAUAUAUAUCGGGCCUCCAUAACACAAAGCUUAGCAACCAUCGUAAAACGUUUUUUUUUUACGAUUGAUUGACUGACUAUGCAAUACACAAUUAAUCGUGAAAAUCAAGCUUACGAUUGAUCGCUAAUCUUUGUGUUACAUGACCCAGAUUACCCUUUUUGCUUUAAUUUCGUCUGUCCUUCUUUUAGAAGCUCGACUAUGUCCUACCAUCUUGCCAGCACCAAGCCCGGGGACCGUUUCAUAAAGCUGUUUGUAAGUUAAGGCGACUUUAAGAACGACUGGUGAACCUUUUUAAUGUGCCAGACCAUCGCAAAUGAAUAUACCAUUUACCGCAAGAAAGGAUCACCAGUCGUUCUUCAAGUCGCUCUUAACAUACGAGCAGCUUUAUGAAACACCCACCUGGUACAAUUGGAGUAUGUAGGGCCCUUUAACACGAAACCUAAUUACGUUUAUUACUCUAAACAAGUUAUUUGAACUUUUUGGAAUCGUUUAAACUUUUUUUAACAAGUUGUUUAAAAAUCUAAGCCGUAGUUGUUAGAGUGACUGGGAAAGUGCUCCUCGGUGUGAAGAGCGAUUCAUUUCGAAUGUUAUUGUAUUCAAUGUGAUUCAGCGUUUUAAUUAUUUAGUUCAAAAUCAAUUGUGAUCUUUAUAAAAUCACGCAAACUAUUGGUAGGCCAAAAAUUUGGAGCUAUCUAGAAAAACAGCUAUUAACAAAACAUUGUUUAUUGUCCUCUUUUCAUAUCAAAUGCGUCUUAUAUUUUUUAUUCAUGUUAUUUCUUAUACGUUAACUAUUUCAUUUGCUUGUGCUUUGUGGAUCAGAAUGAUUGCAUUAGUAAAUAGUAAAAAAAUAAAUGUAUAUUCGUAUUUUUUUUUUAUAUGGGUGAGCAGUUUGAUGCUGUUAGUGCCAUAAAUGUUUCGCUGCCGUUCUUACUUCUAUGUUAAUAACAAUCGUUUUAUAAUAUGUAUGCAUCUAAAGAAAACAAACAUGUUUGGCUUAGUAAUAUAUUCACUAUCAGAUUAAAUUAUCAAAAUGUUUGUAGCAA